CCUAAAAUGUUGGGUAUAUGUAUUCUGUGGUCAUAAUACUUGUUCCAAAGAGAAAAUGUUUAAAUACUUGUUCCCUUACCCUUAUUGGUCUGUGGUCAAUGGUCAUAGUUUAUUUUGCUUGCAUCACUCCACUCAAUAUUGAAAAAAUCUGUAUUUCCAACUACAGUUUGAAAAUAAUGGAUCUAGCCAAAUCUUUGUUCAGUUCACGCGACCACAUUGGUUAUGUGGGACGAGAAGAUCACGAGCGCAAAAUCAGUGCAGCUUUAGCUGAUGAUGAUCCAGAAGAUAUUUUAGAUUCUGUAAGUGGGUUAAACAUUGCUGACGAAUUACUUCCGACUCCAGGAGGACCCUUUUCUGGCCUAACUCCAAGUAUGGUUCCCCAAGAUAUAAUGGCUCAGUUAGCACAACCAGAGUCUGAAGGACACGGCGGUGGCCUUCCUGAUUAUCGAUUCGACGACUUCGGCUUUUGCGUUGAAGAUGAGGACGGAAAUGAACAAUGCACCAGUAAAUUAUUAGAUAACGCUCUCAUGGAAGAUGAUCAACAUCGUUUGCAAUGGGAAUUCUACAGCAAAGAAAUUAAUUUCACUGAAAGAGAAGGGAAAUUGAAUAAAAGUGACAUGUUACAAAAAAUGGUCAAAGACGGAGUGCCACAUUCACUUCGACCCCAAGUUUGGAUGCAUUUAUGUGGUGCAAACAAGAAACGUGCAUCAACAGAAAUAACAUAUCAUGAAAUAGUGAGAGCCUCUAGUGAUGAUGCAUUAGUUACCAGUAAACAAAUUGAAAAGGACUUAGUUCAAAUAUUGCCCAAUAAUGUCUGUUUUUCACACCCUACUAGCACUGGUGUACCUCGAUUACGAAGAAUUCUUAGAGCAUUGGCUUGGCUUUACCCAGAUAUAGGAUACUGCCAAGGGACUGGAAUGAUAGCAGCCUCACUAUUGCUAUUAAUGGAGGAAGAAGAUGCUUUUUGGAUUAUGUGUACUACAGUAGAGGAUCUAUUACCAGCAUCAUAUUACUCUUCCACACUAAUUGGCAUACAAGCAGAUCAGAAAGUUUUAAGAAGCCUCAUAUCUUCAUAUUUGCCUGGCAUUGAUCAAGUUUUAAAUGCACAUGAUAUAGAACUUUCACUAAUAACCAUGCAUUGGUUUUUAACACUUUAUGCAAAUGUAGUGCAUAUGAAAAUUCUUCUCAGAAUAUGGGAUUUAUUCUUUUUAGAUGGUUCUAUUGUGCUUUUCAAAGUUACUUUAGCAAUGCUUAAGAUUAAAGAAAAUAGAUUUACUGAAAUAUCAAAUUCAGCACAAAUAUUUAAUGCCUUGUCUGACAUUCCAGGAGAAAUAGAUGAUGUAGAUUUAUUAAUAAAAACUAUUGAUGAAGUGUGUGGAGAAACUUUAAGUCCAACAUUAAUUGAAACACACAGAAGGAGACAUUUAGCAUACCUUAUGGCUGACCAAGGAGCUUUGGUAGGCAACCCAAGUGCAGUACCUAAUCUUCCCAAACAACAACUUCAAAGGAGGCAGAUCAAGAGAAAUAAAUCUGUUAUUCAAACAAUACUUUUUGGUGAAGACAGUAACAAUGAAGAUGCAGUUUCCAAAAAUGUUAAACAAACAGAAAUUCUGGUUGAUCUCAGAGAAGCAAUUUUACAGGUUGCUCGUCAUUUUCUUGCACUUGAACCACAGCUUACUUCAGAAGUUCAAUUAACUGCUGAUUACACUAUGCAAAGUCAUGCAGCUGACAGGGAACGAUAUGUCAAUGUUUCUAGAAGCAAAAGAAGACGUGCUAAGGCUCUUCUGGAUUUUGAAAGAAGAGAUGGAGAUGAAUUGGGGUUUAGAAAAAAUGAUGUAAUAGAAGUCAUCAGUUCCAGAGAUGAACAUUGUUGGAUUGGUGAAUUAAAUGGACUAAGAGGAUGGUUCCCUGCUCGAUUUGUCAAGUUACUGGAUGAAAAAGGAGUCAAAUACAGUAGAGCAGGAGAUGAUUCUGUUACAGAAAAAGCUGCACAUUUAGUGAGAGGAGUUCUUGCACCGGCCUUCAAAAGAGUAUUGCUUCAUGGAAUAAAGAGACCAAGCUUCUUAGAUGGUCCCUGUCACCCAUGGUUAUUCAUUGAAGAAGCAUCAUCAAGAGAAGUUGAGAAGGACUUUAAUUCUGUCUAUAGUCGACUAGUGUUAUGUAAGACAUAUCGUUUGGAUGAAGAUGGAAAAGUUCUCACUCCUGAAGAAUUAUUAUAUAGAUGUGUCCAAGCCAUUAACUUGUCACAUGACAAUGCCCAUGCACAAAUGGAUGUAAAAUUACGCACAUUGAUUUGCAUGGGAUUGAAUGAAGAGGCUUUACAUCUAUGGUUAGAAGUUUUGUGCUCAUGUGUUGAUGUUGUGCAGAAAUGGUAUCACCCUUGGUCAUUCAUUAACUCGCCAGGCUGGGUACAAAUUAAAUGUGAAUUAAGAAUCCUUUCUCAGUUUGGAUUUAACUUAAACCCUGAUUGGGAAUUGCCUUUGAAAAAAGAUACACAAAAUCAACCAUUAAAAGAAGGAGUAAGAGACAUGUUGGUUAAGCACCAUUUAUUUUCCUGGGAUCUGUGAUUUGAAAUUUUGAACUUUACUAUAUGUAAAUAAUGUUGAUUUUGCUAUGGUUUUAGAACUACUACUUAGCAUUGUUUAGUUACUUUGUUAGUAUUUAUUUGCCUCAUAUAUUUAUUUUCGUUAAGUAUUGUAAUCAUUUAGAUAACUACAAAAAUUAAGUCUAAUUUAAAUAAUUAUUAAUGCUUAAACUUGGUAUUUACAUCUGAUUUUGUGGUUUCAUGUCUCCCAUUACACACCAUCACUACAAUAAAGUUUUCACUUUCACUUGAUUAAAUUUUUUUUUUUAUAAUCUUUGAAAGUACAACAGAUGUCAAGACACCUGCCUUCAUGAUGAAAUGCUAUCCUAUUAAUAUCAAAGAUUUGAAUCGUAUUAUAAAUGUGACAGUUUUUAUGGAUUUUUGUUACUCUUUAAUGUGAAAACUAAAUUAAAAUCUAUUCAUUUUAAUGUGACUAGAUAAUUAUAGUUCAUACAUCAGAUUAACAUUUAUGUGCAGGCACAGAAUCCAACUUGCAGGCCGGUCUUGCUGCAAUUCACACUCACAGUUUAGAAAAAUAUUAGGCACUUUUUUAACACAUAAGGGGGUUUGGAAUUUAUUAGGUUUAUACAAAGUUUUGUUUGAUGUGUAACAUCUUUCCUCUCGCUUUCCUGCAAUUUGUGGGAGUGAUUUCGUGA